AUGUUUUUCAACGUGUCCACUUCUUCUCUCCUCCCUCGAAGCUUCCUACCACAACCAAGCGCUCCCUCUUUCAAUUUCUUCAGGUUUGGUGCUGCAUUCAUGCCUGGACCUUCAUUUGGUUCGGUGGUUUACUUUACUAAUGAUGGGUCUGUGAAGUACUCAAUCUUCAGAAUGUAUACUAAAUUAGGUAAGGUACCCUUGACCAACACCCAACAGACAUUGACGUUGGUUAUAUCAGCAUUAACCAAACCAAACAUGGGAUUCUUUCCCAAGCAUCUUUGUCGGACUUGUAUGCCAAGUGCGGGGAAUUGGGAAACUGGGUACUUGGGUGCAACGAGGAUGUUGGAUUAUUCGGAGAAAUGCACCCUGCCGGGGCUGAGAUACUGGGAAGCCUUGUUGAUGCAUUUGCAAACCUAG